CCACAACUUAGAACUUAGAACACGAAGAUCACCGGGCUCUCAAUGGGAUGUCGGGCCAGCUGAAGAAAAAUGCUGAUAGACGGAAGACAAUCAAUGUUCCGCAGCCAAUUGAUGCUGGAACGAAGGCGACCAGGGCUGUGAUCAAGCAUCUAGCUGAGCUGGAGAGGGACAAUUACCAUGACGUGAAGAUAGACGUGCCCAAGACUGAAUCAUUCAGAAAAGGCAAAAAACUGACAAGUGCCGUCCGCAAGCACUUGCUUUCCCGCAAAACCUUCGCCCAGCUCCUCGACGAAGCGGAUAGCCCGAGUUAUCAAGCAGCUUCAUCAGCGCCAUCUAGGUAUCCUCGGCGCGAGUUUUGCAGCGUGUGUGGAUACUUUGGGACGUACAAAUGUAUGAGGUGUGGAGCGAGAUAUUGCGACAGUGGAUGUAAGGCGACGCACCUGGAAACAAGGUGUGUCGGCUUCUACGGAUGAGAGAACACCUUUGCAGGAGUUGGACGUGAAUGACCCUGGAGUAAUCUAUUUUAUCGAAUACCCUACAUGCAUGUGCUACUGAACGCCAUGAACCAAUCUAUGCAAAUCGUCCCAUAAUGAC